UUCCUGCAUGGCCUUUUGAUUGGUGGAUGAUGUCACAAGACAAGGACUCAGUCGAUGUUGCUCGCGACCAUCAUCGCCCAUCGCUCUAGUCUUCUGCGAGCACCGAUUCAUUCGCGUACAUCUAUUUAGUAUCCGUCUCAUCUCAGUGACAGGACUUCGCCACCGCAACUCACUGGCCUACGACCACGAAUCUCGAUCCGACGUCACAAGCUUGCGCACACAAGGCCCUUGAUAUUCAGGCCUGAAGCGAUCACGAGCCGCGGUGCCGCUCUCGCUGCUUCAGACUUUCGCCAGCACGUAUACAGGACGCUCGAUCGGAAGAGCCACGAUGGAUCACGGCGACCACCACUCGCCUGGUAUGGAUCAUGGAGGCGGGGAAGGGAUGUGCGCACCGGGACAGCGUUCCUGCUCUCCUUCACCACCUGCGUGCAAAAUGUCGAUGUUGUGGAAUAGAGAGACGGAAAAUAUUUGCAUCGUGUUCAGAUCUUGGCAGAUCACCAAUCGAACAUCCUUAUUGCUUAGUCUGCUGAUCAUCGUGCUGCUCGGCGUAGCGUACGAAGGACUCAAGGCGGCCAUCAGAAAUCACGAUGCCAGAUUGGCCAUCAAGUAUCAUAUUCAUCCCACCGAUGCUGCCGGGGCAGCGUCUACUGGUGGGCACAGAAGGCGCGCGAGUUUGCUCCCCUCAAGUCACUCCCGCACUCCAUCAGGACCCACCGGACUCGGCACGUCUGCUAACCUGUCUUCGCGCCGGGCCACCAGCUCACAUUUGGAUGACAGUUCGACAGCGCUCAGGAAGCAGAGGAGACGAUUCGUCCCUCCUCUUUUGAUAUCGCGGGCCGCCCAAGUUCAUCGCUCGUUGCUGUAUGGUCUAUCAGUAGCGCUCUCAAUGUUUCUCAUGCUCAUCUUCAUGACUUACAACGCUGAUCUCAUUAGUGCAGUGCUCGCUGGUGCAGUCAUCGGGCAUUACCUCUUCUCCCGCGAUCUUGGUCAUAUCGUGGAUGGGGUGGACAAGGGUCCAGCUUGUCAUUGAGAAUGCCGAAUGCAUACAGUCACAGUCAGAGUGCACAAGUGCAUACACGCGCACACAAGCGCGGCCAAGAGACCUUGUGGACCCGCGAGUGCGAUCGUGGUGAUUGUCUGCUAUGCAGAUCGUCCG